CCCCAGGUUGGGAAUCACUGUCCUAGAGAAUCUUUGGUUGGAAGUGGCCAGGACACCUUCACACUGAACACUUGCAGCCGAAUAACAUGCACUGCCCGGGACGGCAGCGAGCGCAGUGGGCACACGCGGUAAUGCGGGGAUUCAGCAACUACACGUCAGUGAAAACAUAUUGAACCAGGGAGAUAAUAAAAUGGCUGCGAAACGCCAGGUCGAGAGUUGGACCGAGGAGGUUGUUUGUCCCAUCUGCAAAGAUUUCUUCACCGAUCCGGUGGCGCUGGACUGCGGACACAACUUCUGCCGCUCCUGCAUCACACAGAGUUGGGACAGGGAGGGGAGAAACUCCUGCCCGGAAUGUAGAGAGGAAUCUGCAAACCGCACCCUCAGGGUGAAUCGGGCCUUGGUUAGACUGUCUGAGAAAGCUCGAACACUGAGCAUGAAUCUCAAAGCGAAGAAAAGCAAACUUCACUGCGAGAAACAUCAGGAAGAACUGAAGCUGUUUUGUAAAACUGACAAGAAACUGAUCUGUUUGAUUUGUGCAACUGCGCGGGAACACAAGUCUCACAGCUUAACGCUGAUAGAAGAAGCAAUUGUAUUCUACAAGGAACAGGUGAAAUCUUCUUUCGAAUCUCUCACAGAAAAGGAAUCAGAGAUCCAGAAAAUGGAGCAGGAACAGAAAAAGAGCAUUUCUGGAGUUCAGGUGAGGCUUUGGGCUAUCGAUGUAAUGUUUUUGUGUGGAUUUGAUGUGUGCAAUAAUUUGGGAGAGAGGGAUGGGAGGAGUGGGA